GCACACAACACAAGCAAAUUUUAUCUGCUCAAACCACUCUCUCUCUCUUUCUUUUUCUCUAGAUUUGUGCUUUGUUUGUUUGAAAGGAUUAAUUAAUGGCAGGAGGAGAAGGUUCAGUAAAGCUUCUGGGUGCGUCUCCAAGUUCAUACGUGAACCGGGUUCAGAUCGCACUCAAUCUCAAGUCAAUCGAAUACGAAUUCUUGCAGGAGACAUUCUUCCCAAAGAGUGACCUACUUUUGACAUCAAAUCCAAUUCACAAGAAAAUCCCUGUUUUUUUCCAUAACGAUAAACCCAUCUGCGAGUCCCUUAUCAUAUUACAAUACAUCGACGAGCAGUGGUCAUCAGGACCGUCAAUCCUCCCCCUCGACGCAUAUGAUCGCUCCAUCGUCCGUUUCUGGGCUGCCUACGUGGACGACAAGUUGGCCCCUACUUUGAGAGAAUACCGCGGGGCUUCAGAAGAGGAAAGAUUGGUAAUACUGGGGAGGCUGAGUGAAGGGUUAGUCUUGUUGGAGGAAGUUUUAGUGAAAUCUGGAAAAAAUACAUUCUUUGGAGGGGAGAAUAUUGGGUACUUGGAUAUUGCGUUUGGAAGCUUCUUGGGAUGGUUUAAGGCUACGGAGAAGAUGACAAAUGUGAAGAUUCUAGAUGAAUCCAUUACACCUCGUCUUGUGGAAUGGGCUGAGAAUUUCCUUUCUCAUGAGGCUGUAAAGGGUGUCAUUCCGGAGACUGAUGUACUCAUUGACUUGGUCAAGAAGAUUGCAGCAAUGCAAAAUCUCCAACCUAAAAAUUAAUCCAAUUUUGGGUUUGUUUAAAUAUAUAUACUUAAGGAAUUAAUUAUGAAUUGGGGAUGGGGUGGGAGGUAUCUAUA